AUGAAUAGACACAAUUGGAUCCAUUCUGCAACUGCGUUCAACCAUUCGUACGCGGAUGCUGGGCUAUUUUAUAUACAUGCUAGUAGUGACCCUAAGCUGAUCAAUGAUGCGCUAAUUGUUAUACUCGACCAGUAUUUCAGUCUCUUAAAAGGCGUGGAUGAAGUUGAACUCAAACGAGCCAGGACCCAGUUAAAAUCUCAAUUUUUGAUAAGUCUCGAGGUUCGCCCAGCAAUUUUUGAGGAUCUUGUACGACAAAUAAUCUAUCAUGGUUGUACGAGAAGACCUGAGGAGUACAUAGCGGAAAUUGAUAGAGUAAAAAUCCAGGAUAUUGUGCGGAUCGCUGAGCGAAUGUUGUCCGGUCGCCCAUCAUUAGUCGGCUACGGAGAUAUAAGUGAGCUGUACAGCUUUGAAGCCAUUAACGAUGCGGUUGCUCAGCGGAACUUUUGUGCACUUGGAAACAGGGGAGUGAAACUUUGGUGA